AGUCUUUUGCUAGUUUUACUUCCAUCGGACGCGUCCCCAGGUGGCGGAUAGGGGCGGCUUGUUGUAAAAUAUAGUGUCCCACAUAUCACAAGUGAGAACCUUUAUUUUACAUCAAGCCUUAGGGGUUCUAAUCCUCUCGCGGACCAAAUAAAACUAGCCAGGGUGGUACCCAAAAUAACGCCAAAUAUGGAAAGUAAUUUAAAUGAAGAAAAACUUACGGUGCAGAGCCUAAUAACCUCAGUACCGGCGGCUAGUGGUGGUGAGCAAACAGGCCCCCAGUCGUCGUCAUCCAGCGACUGUACGCAACCAAUUUCGGAGGUGGGCAACUUGGCUUCCGUUAUUGAGAAUAUGCCAAGAAGUAAUGAAAAUGAAGAGAUUGUUUUAACAGGUCAGAAAACAGAUACCUCCCUAAACUAUGAAACCGAAACAGCAGAAAAUUCUUUGCAAUCAGAGCCAAAUAAGAAAGAUAUAGAAUCAGAGACCAUCGACAUUAAUAACAUGGAGUCUAAUUCCAAGCUAUUAGUUGAAAACAAUGAAGAAUCCUUUAGCAACAACCCCAUACAAAUUGAGGAAAAUAAAUCGAUAUCAAAUCAAACCCAGGAGGAAAGUUCGUCACAAACCGAACCAAACGAGAAUGAUGAAGAACCUAUUAAUAGCAAACCCAUUCAGAUUGAGGACAAUGCUAACAAUGUGAAUAGGACAAUUGGAAUGGAAGACAGUAAGGAAAGUACUAUGCAAUCUCAACCAGCCGUGAAUAGUGAAGAAACGAUAACAAAAAGCUCCACACAUAUUAGAGAUAACAAUACAGUUAAGAAAAGACUUUCCGGUGCACAACGUAGGAAGCUAAAAAAGAUGGCCAUGAAGCGACAAAAGAGAGAAGCCGCUCAAGCAAUCAAUAAUAAUAUUAAUGGCGCAGUUAAUGAUGACAAUAAUAUAAAAUGUAUCAAAGAAAACCCUUUGCAAGCAGAGUCAAAAAAGAAUGAUAAAGAAUCACAGUCCGAUGUACCAGCAAUGAAUACUCCUAAUUCCGCGUUAUUAUGUAAAACCAUAACAAAUAAAACUAUUUAUGUUGAUGAUAAUAAAGAAAGUAUCAAUGAGAGCUCAUUACAAGCCCAACCGAACGAGAGCAAUAAAGAAUUAGGAACCAACAAGGAUAACACACAGUUUCAGGAUAACACCCAAAUAGAUAACAAUACAGAUACAACUAAAAAAAGACUUUCUGGUGCCCAACGCAGAAAGCUGAGAAAGUUAGAAAUGAUGCAAGAAGGAAGACCAAAACAUCUAUCACAUCUACGAACUAUAACUUCUACAAACACCUCUUCGGAAAUGGGUCCCAGAAGACUUAUUCACAUACAAUACGCGUCAACGAAAGAAUCAAAAAUUGCACAUCCUAAAGUAGUUGUUGGGUUUUUCCCCAACUCUAUCGAUGAUACGAAUGACAAAAUUCUCUCCUUUAUACAAUGGCAAAAUGAAGGACUCUCUGUGUUUGAAUGGAAAUUGCUGCGAAGAACAUUUAAAAACUCCACUGUAAUGUUGACACUAUUAAUUGACAAAAUGUCUGCUGCCAAAUUGGAAGAAGUAAAGGGUGAAAUUUACUAUAAAUUUCGUCAAAUAAAAUUGCAUAUGAAAGAUUACGAUGAAAAAAGGGAUCAUGCAACAAAUAGUACCGAAAGUAUUACGAGGCAUUUAACACCAGCCAAAAUGCCAAGAAUAAAAUAAUAAAUAAACUAUGUACCUUAAUUUUUUAAAACAGCAAUCAAAGAUUCCUCAUGUUAGCUCAAAUAUGAGCCAACUUUAACAAUGCAUUUUCAAAUUACUCAUAGUAUAGCAGAGCUACGGGCCUAUUGUGUUCAAAAGUUACGAAUUACUAAAAAAGUACUCACAAGAGUAUAUAGAGACCUACCGCAGCUCUCAAUCCUCUCAAACAAACAUAUAUGUUGCAGUAUUGAGAACCACUGGCUAAAAAUAAUACGGUUACACUAAGAAAUUGUAUAGAUAAUGUCGGAUAUAUUAAUAACGUUGCAUGGAAAUACUAAAAACCUAACUAUAAAAAAUGUAAAACUACUGCAAAUUUAAAAACUCUUUUUUAGUUUCUAUUCUGUGUGUGAGAAUGUUAAAAUCUAAAACUAU